UUCUACUUAAUUUUCUUUUCUUUUUUUUUUCUUUCCAUUUUUGUAAAUACUUUUUGGUUUGUCAAUCCAUCUAUUAUUUUGGUUUACUAUUACCAUUUCUUUUGAUGGUUAUCUUAUCAAACUGAGUUUGGGUUGUUGUCGUCUUCUUUAUCUUCCUCAAUUGGGUUCUUUACUCCCCCAAAAGUAAAUUGUUUCGUGUCUAAGUAUGCUUGUUUCAUUGUAGCAGUGAGCUUUACUUAAUUGCUAAUUUUAUACUUCUUUAUUCAUUUGAUAAUUUAUGCACGGAUCUAGUUGAGCUCUUAGGUUAGUGGGAGAUUUUAUUCUUUAUGUUAGAUUUCAUUCCCUUCUCCUUUCUUAUGCUGAUAUAUAAAACUUCUGAUGGUUGCCUUCGUUUAGUCCUCCAAAUGUACAGAUUUUCUUCCCUAAAUUGAGCUGAUUUACACUUUGUUGCUGCAGACUUCUGAGCUUCCUAUUUAACUUUUCAGUGGAUCAGUGUUGGCACAAGACUUUGGUUCAAUUGAAAUGAAAGAAAUUGAGAGAGGAUGACAAACUCUCUGGCUAUGGAGAAUUCUUAUAAUGCUAAUGGAAAUGGACCAACUGAUAAUGGAUACUGUGUUUCAAGGCACUCUUAUCAACCCUCCAUAAAGGGGUCAUUACCUUCGCUGGACAUAAGGGUAUUUUAUGUAAGAGUUUGCAUGUGUGAGCUUGAUGAUUCCACUCCUGAGUUUCUUACACUAAACCAUAUUCCUUUAAAUCCUGACACCCUUCUUGAAGUUAAUGGUGUUCGUUCUGGUAUACAUUCUGAUGGGAUGUCAACCCUGCUCAAAAGAGACCGGGUAGAUAGAAAAUCAGAAGAAGUGACAUUUGUAAGCACUGAUAGCGUAAGGAUGAGUGGUAGUGUGAAGUUUGAGGUGUUUGAUAAAAAUGUUCUGCUGCUUUCUGGGGUUUUAGAAUUAUGUAAUAGCAAUGGUGUUGUUAGGGAAUCAAGUUAUAAUGGACAAAGGUGGAGCAUGAACUGUGAGUCAGAUAUAAUUCCAGACACCAGCUUUUUUAAGGGGAAGCAAAUGUUAUUCCCCACAAUUGAGGUCUACAUUGCGGGGUCCUUCUUGAGUACUCCAAUUAUCUUAACAAAGACCCUGCAGCUUAGUUCUCAUAAAACAUAUACAAGGAGGGGGGUGUUGGAUGCAAUUCCAGAGCAUGAAGCAAGUGAAAAUGAGAAGGAUCCUUCUUCAGCACUUGCUUUUCAGGUAGUUACUGCUCUUUUGAUUAUCGACAAACAGGAAGAGGAUUAUAACAGCCUGUACUCAAGAACAGCAUAUCCAGAGGGCGAAGAUGGAGAACUUUCAUGGUUUAAUGCUGGUGUUAGGGUAGGUGUUGGUAUUGGACUGAGUGUUUGUCUAGGAGUUGGCAUUGGAGUUGGCCUGCUUGUUAAAACCUACCAAGGCACCACUCGCCACUUUAGAAGAAGGCUAUUCUAAUUGGUUCUUUUUUUUAAGCUUCAAACUCCCCACUUCUUGAUCCAAAGACAACUAACUACCUUUUUGUCCAUCUCCUCUUGAUCCAUAGAUAAACAACAUGUUAAUGUUUUGUCCAACUGAGUGCUGGAUAUAUAUCUAGAUGUAUAAUUUUUUGUUUCUUUGUUUGCUGUAUGUAAUAUAGUUUAUUUUUAGUGCCAUUCUCUACUAGUUAUGAUGUCUAGUAAAGAAGGAAGAAGUUUUCAAUUAUAUCCUCCACUUAUUCAGGUGUAAUAACAUGAUUUGAUUUAAGGGGGGAAUUGGAUUAGUUUUGAUUGUCCUAGUCAUCAUCAUAACAUUGAACCUUGAAUCAAGUAUGGGGAAACUGAACCCAAAAUGAUUUUUGUCUGAGUUUCUA